CAUAACUUUAAUAUGGACAAAAUUACCUCUUUGAGUCAAAAUAACUCUAGUUGCCAGUACGCUCUUCAGAUAUGGGUGUGUUCAGUAUAGUGGAUUUGCUAUAUUUUCUGUGUCGGAUUACCAUUAUUCAAUUUGCGUCAGUGCCUGUCACUUCCUGCAAUCCUACAGCAUCACGGCUAUAUCCCGCAUUCUCGUCAACAUUAUUCCCAUCAAAUGAACAUCCUGAAUUAUUAUCAUCGACGAUAAUAGACAAUAAUUUUUCAUAUAAAAAAUAUAAUUCACCAGAACUUUUCUCAAAGAGCAAAGGGGAACUUCUAAAAAGUGAAAACCCUAAUCCAUUUACUAAUUCAGAUGCCAGUUUACUAGUACCUUAUAAUAUUCAAAGAACUUUUACCCCCCUUUCGACUGAAGAAACAAGUUCAUUUCAAUAUGACACCACUGAAACUAUUAUAAAAAAUUCUAAUCUUAUGCAAGAGCUGUUAAACAGAAUUUCGUCAAGUGUCGUUUCAAGUAAAGAUGUUGUUACUCAGUCCAAUUUACAAGCAACUCAAAAACCUUUGACAGUACAGAGUUCAAAACAUCAAGCUCAAUAUCCAACAUCAGUACCAUCGCUAAUUCUAAAUAAAUUACCUGAAUAUAGUUUUAAUUAUACAUCACCUAUGCUUUCACAUAAUUUGCCAAAUCAAUAUGAUGAUAAUAGCUCCAAUAAAGUUUCAAUGCCGCAAACAGAAAACGUUGUUUCAAAUAAUUUUUCAGAAGAUAACUUAAUUUCAAACAGUUCUUUACUUAAAACUCCUACUUUAUUACCAAAUAUUGGUCCACCAAUUAGUGCCAUUCACAAAGCCAACAUUCCUGUUAGUAAAGAUACUAAUUCUUUUAGAACAGUAUCUAAAGUUUGUAUGCCCGCCAGUAAUUAUAUUGGAUUAGCGUUACCAAAAGAAAAUAAUGAAUCAAGCAAUCUUUCGUUUAACAAUCCCCCUGUGUUGCCCAAUAUUGAAUUAACGACGCUUAUAACUAAAGAUUGCUUACCUAUCAUCAAAGAUAGUAACUCUUUUAAACUACUCCCUGCUGAACAUGAAUUCAAAAAACUACUUCCAACAAUUAGUUCUACAGAAAUAUGUUUUAUGCCAAAUUUAAAUAAAAAUCUACUUGGUAGUAAUGGAGACAUAGAUAUACCAACUAAGAUAAUACCACUUCUACACAACGAUACAGAAAUAUAUGAAUCAUCACCUCCAAAAUUCUUGCCAAAUUGGCAGAUCACACAAAAAGUUUUUCAAUGCGAUAAUUCUAAAAGACAGAACGAACCAUCAAGUGUGCCUCUAGUAAAUGUAAAGAACAGCUUUGUCACAAAUACGCCCAAUUUACCUGUUUUAGAUAUUAGAACCCAAGAGAUUGGUGCAAUCAUUCCGAAAAAAGAUGUUUUAUAUCCUAGUAGAAAUAGAAAAGGUCAUUGUAGAAAAAAAGUGACUGAUAAUGCUAUUACAACACCAGUCACAGAAACUGAAAAUAAUCAGCUGUAAUUUUCAGGUAUAUCUAACAUUAUAGUUCCUAGCAAUCCAACAAUCAAUCUAUUAGAUAAUUGUAGAGUAUUGAUACCAGUAAUUGAUAAGUCAGACUUAGAAAAAAGUUUAGACUUUAGGGAUUCUCAAUCACGUAAUAUUUAUGAGAAUAAGUUUUUUACAGAUAAUAUUUCACCACUAGCAGUACUUAAUUAUUUCCCUUAUGUUCCAUAUUCACGAUAUUUACUUGAUUCUCCAACCCAGCAGAGUUCAGUAGAAUAUAAUAUGCCAAUAGCGAGUAAUUUUGCGAUAACUUCAAACACUCUUUCAUCCCUGAUAACUGAUCCAGUAUACAAAACAAAUUACAACUAUUACACAGAUUACUUGAGCAACUUUUUAGAUAUUUUUUUACCUGCUAUUACUAAAAGUAUUAUUUCAGCUUUUCUAGAAUACAAUUUGCCAAAACAAUCUAAGGAUUCAUUUACCCCUCCAAUAGAAAAUACAACCUGGAUACUAUCAAAAGUUUACUCUAAACCAAAUAAUUGGUUUUUCCCCUCAAAAGCUUUUGUGAAUUCAAAUCCUUUCACAAAAAUCGAACAAAGCGGGACAUUAUCAACCCCAUGUUCUGAAACAUCUUCCUUAAAAACAGUAAAUUCAGAAACUCAGUUAGUAAUAAGUCCAAUUGAUACACCGCCAGUUUUAUAUUCUGAACCGUUAUUAAUAAGGAACACUGCGAAUAAACUACUUAGUCCAGCUAUUCCACCGUUAAUAAAUACAUACGAUGUACUGCAACCGGGACUUUCUGAAAUAUCUAUAUUAAAGAGUAAUAUUAAUCAGCCAUACGAUUCAGUUACUCCUAAACUUUCUGAAACGCCGAUAUUAUUGCCUAUGCCUAUAUCGGAUUUACCUCCACUUCCCAAAAAAACAGGCAUACAAAAACCGUUAUUGGGAUUACCGUGGAAAGAUACAUCAUCGGUUGGUAAGCUUUCAGAAAAUAUAUCCGAUAUAAAUAAUACAGAUACAUCAAUGCCAUACAUAGCAUCGAUUACUAUUAAUAUGUUGCCACCAAAAAAUACGGCAGAUCAUAUUGUAAUAGUAGUUUAAGUACGAGUAGGUGUAGUUGAUUUUUGUUAUCUCAUUUGUUUAUUUUUCAAAACUGUUAUUAUUUUGUUACUUGUUACGUGUAUAUUAUACUUGCUUAACAUUAA